UGAAAUUCGGAAACCGAAAAGAAUAAAGUACCCCCCCACAAUAUCCUCCUUCCUUCACGCAAACCGAACGUCUCCUUCUUCGUCUUCUUUUUCAUUUCUUCGGGCAGUCUGAUCUGCCACUUCUGUCUCUUAUUCUCCGUCUUCAGGUUCCAAAGUACUUCAACAGCACGAUGGCUGAUGCCCACGACACUGACAAGAAUAUUGAGAUAUGGAAAAUUAAGAAGCUGAUUAAGGCCCUUGAAGCUGCUCGAGGUAAUGGGACCAGCAUGAUCUCUCUGAUUGUACCUCCUCGGGACCAGAUCUCUCGGAUUACCAAGAUGCUCGGUGAUGAAUUUGGAACUGCUUCGAACAUCAAAAGCAGGGUCAAUCGCCAGUCCGUGUUGGGGGCGAUCACUUCUGCUCAGCAAAGACUUAAGCUUUAUAACAAGGUUCCUCCCAAUGGGCUUGUCCUUUAUACUGGGACUAUUGUAAAUGAAGAUGGGAAGGAAAAGAAGGUAACAAUUGACUUUGAGCCUUUCAGGCCAAUUAAUGCAUCUCUUUACCUAUGCGACAACAAGUUCCACACAGAAGCACUGAAUGAGCUUUUGGAAUCUGAUGACAAGUUCGGCUUUAUUGUCAUGGAUGGAAAUGGGACUCUUUUUGGAACUCUAAGCGGUAACACUCGAGAGGUGCUCCAUAAGUUUACUGUUGAUCUCCCAAAGAAGCAUGGCAGAGGAGGGCAAUCAGCUCUUCGAUUUGCUCGUCUUCGAAUGGAGAAGCGCCAUAACUAUGUGAGAAAGACAGCAGAACUUGCUACACAGUUUUUUAUCAAUCCCUCGACCAGCCAACCUAAUGUUUCUGGACUAAUUCUUGCUGGAUCAGCAGACUUCAAGACUGAACUGAGUCAGUCUGAUAUGUUUGAUCCCCGACUUCAAGCUAAAAUUCUCAACGUAGUUGAUGUUUCUUAUGGAGGGGAGAAUGGAUUUAAUCAGGCAAUUGAACUUUCAUCAGAAAUCCUGUCAAAUGUAAAAUUCAUACAGGAGAAACGCUUGAUAGGAAACUAUUUCGAGGAGAUAAGCCAGGACACUGGGAAGUAUGUAUUUGGUGUAGAUGACACAUUGAAGGCAUUAGAGAUGGGCGCUGUUGAGACACUUAUCGUGUGGGAAAAUCUGGAUAUAACUAGAUAUGUACUGAAAAAUAGCAUCACCGAAGAGAUUGUGAUAAAACACCUGAACAAGGAGCAAGAGGUUAAUCAGGACAACUUUAAGGAUUCCGCAAGCUCAGCACGACUGGAUGUUGAGGAAAAUAUGUCCCUGUUAGAGUGGUUGGCCAAUGAAUAUAGGCGGUUUGGAUGCACCCUUGAGUUCGUCACCAACAAAUCGCAGGAGGGUUCCCAGUUCUGCAGGGGUUUUGGUGGGAUUGGGGGCAUCCUGCGGUAUCAGCUUGACAUGAGGACAUUUGAUGAGCUUUCAGAUAGAGAAUUUGGUGAAGAUUCUGAAUAGCAAUCAAUCAACUUUACCCCAUCACUGGUGCAGGACGAACAGGAUGGUGGGGUAAAAGCCCUGCACCAAAACGCUUGGGCUGUCGCGCUUGCAGUUGCUGCUCACUGUGUUCAAAAAGAUUCUUCAGUCAUCCCUUUUCCUUUUGAGGGCGCACUUGUGGUAAACCCUGAAGGACUUUGGGAGAGAGCGGCUUGGAAAGGAAUAGCAGCCAUACAUCCUAAGCUUGCUGGAUAAGUUGAAACUUGUGCUAUUUGGAAGUCGUCUAGCAGGAUGCGUGGAUAGAAGUACUCUGUGCAUAUUUUUUUAUGCACCAGCUCUUGGUUUGGUUAGUAUUUAUAUUCGUGUUGCUGUUCUAAAAGUAAUGUUUGCCUGGAUAAGACUUCUGCAUGUCUUGCCAAAUGUACUGGCUAUUUUAUUACCUUAUGGGUUGUAUUGCUAUAGCAGUCUAUAAUUACUAGUUGUGGACCUUCAUGAUUAUGGGAAAUAAGAAUUUAAUAAGUGAAGUUAACUGUUA